CGUGGCGCUAUAACGAUCAUCCAACAACGCGGCGGCGGCAUCACAGGAUUUAUUUAAUUUCUUGUUCAAACAAAUAAAAUCCCUGUGAGUUGGAAAUUUUGCAAAGGUUCCAGCGCCAGCCAUGGCUUCUUUCAUGGGUCUCUUUCCCUACAACAUGGCUGGACCCCUUAACUUCUAUCAUCACAACAACUACAAAUACCAAAUUGGCAAUCACAGAAACUGUGCACUGUUCUCUUGUAUUGAUCAUAAUUUAACACCACACAUGCUAAGCUGCAAGAGGCAAAGUUGUUCCACUUCCACCAUCACCUGCUCUGCUGCCAACAAACCCUCUCCGUCUACUGAAGUCAGCUCUACAGCCAAGAUAAGGAGUGAAGUUCUAUCUCCAUUUCGGUCUGUCCGGAUGUUUUUCUACCUAGCUUUUAUUGCAAGUGGUGCUUUGGGAGGAUUAAUAGCAACCACACGACUGAUUGCUGCUCUAGCAAAUCCAUCAAGAGCAGCUGAAGUACCUGAGAUACUGAAAGGUCUGGGCAUAGACAUUGGAGCAGCAGCUAUCUUCGCAUUCCUAUAUUACAGGGAGAACAAAGCUAAAAAUGUACAACUGGCCAGGCUGUCAAGAGAGGAAAACCUUUCAAAUCUUAAGCUCCGUGUGGAUAAAAAGAAGAUCAUUUCUGUGAGCUCUUUGAGGGGUGUUGCUCGUCUUGUAAUCUGUGCUGGCCCUGCACCUUUCAUUUUAGAAUCUUUUAAACUUAGUGAGCCUUUCACUCAGAGCCUUUUGGAUAGAGGGGUGCUUGUGGUUCCAUUUGCUUCAAAUGGGAAUUUACCUAGUUUUGAGUUUGACGAGGGUGAGGAGAUGAAGGAGCUUACCACCAAGAGGAAGAGACUCUGGCAGUUGGCUCCUAUCUAUGUUUCUGAAUGGUCCAACUGGUUAGAUGAACAGAAGAAGCUGGCUGGCGUCUCCCCUGAAUCUCCUGUGUAUUUGUCUCUGCGCAUGGAUGGCCGUGUCCGUGGAAGUGGUGUUGGUUAUCCCCCUUGGAAUGCUUUUGUCGCCCAACUACCACCAGCAAAGGGAAUGUGGUCAGGUCUUCUUGAUGGCAUGGAUGGAAGAGUUCUUUAGAUAGUUUUAUUUUUCCAGCCACUGCAGGUUAGUUUCUUCUUUGAUUGUAUAGUUCCUCCAGUCGUUGCUAAAGUUAUCUUACUUCCUUUGUUUUGAAUUUAAGAACUUACAUUUUAUUUUUUAUUAUUAUAUAAUUCAUCCUUUUUUCAUAA